AUGGCUUCCAGCCUGAAUCCAGUUACGAUGGGAAAGAUCAUCCUUUUCGAGGACAGAAACUUCCAGGGCCGCUCUGUUGAGUGCAGCAGCGACCGUCCAGAUUUGCAAAGUCAGCUCAGCCGCUGUAACUCCGUCCGCGUGGAAAGUGGCUGCUUCAUGCUCUAUGAACGUACCAGCUUCCAGGGACAGCAGUUCUUUCUGAAACGGGGGGACUAUCCUGACAUGCAGUCUGAGGGUUUUAGCACCUCCAUUAAGUCCUGCCGGAUGAUCCCACCUCACAGGGGCACCUACAGGAUAAAGAUUUAUGAGAAGGAGGAUCACAGAGGCAAGAUGGUAGAGUUAACCGAGGACUCGCCGCAUGUCAUGGACCAGCUACGCGUCCACGAGAUGCUCUCUUGUUCUGUGCUGGACGGGCAAUGGAUCCUUUACGAAUUGCCGAAUUACAGAGGCCGCCAAUACCUGCUGAGGCCAGGGGAGUACAGGAGAUUCAGCGAGUGGGGCUCUAUGAGUGGCAAAGUUGGCUCUUUGAGACGUGCCACUGAUCUUUACUGAAUCAAGAUGCCUUUUGCCUGGAAGGGUCUCAAUGAAUAAAAUGCUUUAACAACC